AGAACCCAAUCUGUUUGUGUUCGCAAAAAAAAAGAGGGCGAAAAAAAACCCAACUAUUUGAGCUUUCGCCAUGGACGUUCUUCCUAAAUCAACCUUCCCUCUCUUCCCCACAAAACCAAAACUCUUCACAGCAAAACCCACCAAACCCAUAAAAGUUUCAGUCAAACCUCCACCUCCAGAAUUCGAUUUCAGGACGAAUAUAGUCCAAGAGUCAACAGCCACCAUUGCAAGAACCCAUCCUGAGUUGCUCGACUUGGCCGACGAUGGGACCUUGGUACUGAUAGAGAAACGCCUGUUCGGUCCAGUACCGGCCUGGAGGACUGAUUUCGUUGAACCGGAGGCCAUAUGGUUGGUGGGGACCACGCACAUUUCUCGCCAAUCAGCUGCCGACGUGGAGCGCGUUGUGCGGGCAGUCAUGCCUGAUAAUGUGGUGGUGGAGCUCUGUAGAAGCAGAGCUGGGAUUAUGUAUACUUCUAAUGAAGAAGAGAAUGGCCAACAACUGCGUUCAAAUAUUUUCUCACUGAGUGGCACUGGUUUUUUUGGUGCUGUUGGUCGUAGCAUUAACUUGGGGGGUCAAACCGCAUUAGUGCUGCGUUUACUUUUGGCAUUUUUCUCAUCUAAGUUGUCCUCUGAUGUCAACCGCCCUUUUGGAGACGAGUUCCGAGCUGCGCGAAAGGCAUCUGAAGAAAUUGGUGCUCAAUUGGUUUUGGGGGAUCGUCCAAUUGAAAUAACUCUUGAAAGGGCAUGGAAAUCUCUGAAAUGGACUGAAAAGUUUAGUUUAGUGACCUCAGUUGUUCGUGGAAUUACCUCAUCGUCUGCUGUGUCCAGGAGCAGUGUCAAGGCAUCAAGCAAAGAUGACAGCACCUUUCAACUGUACGAGCAGCUAAGUUUUUCAUUUCCCUCACUCUUGCAACCCCUAAUACAUGAGCGAGACACCUUCCUUGCAUGGUCUCUAAAGCGGAGCAAAGCGGUGAAUAACUGCAAGAGAGUAGUGGGGGUGAUUGGAAAGAGCCACAUGAAUGGUGUAAUAUAUGCUCUCAUGUCCGAUCAGGGAAAUUUGCGGUUUCGUGACCUUGCCGGGAAAAGUCCAUCUGGUGAUAAAGCUAAUGGUUGGGUAGAUAGUCUUCUAAAGAGCUUGGUUAGAGACACAGUCAUUGGAGUUGUGCUGUGGGAAAUAUAUGAACAGAUAAAAGGAGCUUUGUAGCAUGGGAAUGCAUUACUCUCCUUGAAUUAAGUUUGAGCUCUAAAAAGUUAUUAUGAUCUUUAUGUAAAUGUCAGUUUCCUUUUCACAUCUCAUAGUUGAAGGGAAACACACUGUAUGUCAAUGUUACUGAGUUUAACUGAUUUGGAACAUGAAAUUUUUUUGAA